AUGUCGGGUGCUGGCGGGCCAACCACUCGGUCGUUAGGCGGCUCGCCUCUGCCCCCUCGCCUCGCGUCUCCGAAAGUUCCGCGUCCGAGUGUCGCGACGCCUCCGGUACCUAGAACGUCGCCGCAAACUCCACGCAAUGCUUCGAUUCCGCCGCCGCCGGUGUUUUCUCCUCUGCCAAACACGUGGUUGAGCGAUAAACUGUCCGAUCCCAAGGCGCACGGGAGCCUCCUCCUUUACAACCGCGGACUACCCGGUUCAGCAAGCGACGGCGAUAAUCGCGAGUUUCGCGAAGUUCGCGAAGGAGCUUCUCCAAAAGUGUCGCUGGUUCGCCACGAUGGCGCGGGUGGCGAAGUGCUCGUGCGAGCUUAUUCGUUCCAGGGCGGUGCUUCUGUCGCGGAGGGCCAGCAUGCGGAGAACGCGCAACCCGCGGUAGGCGCACAGCACGCGCAAACUGCGGCGGGCGAGCAUUGCGCAGAGAAUGGCGGAGCGCUCGUUAUCGCGAACACUUUGCGUCGCAACUACCAGCUCGGAAACCGGUCCGACUCGGCGACACGUUAUCGGAAUGGAUAUCUGGCUGACGUGGCAGUGACGGGGGAAGAUCUGGCGGAGCGGAUUGGCCUCCCUUCCCGCGCUCCCGCUUUUGCUGCUUACGUCGCCGCUUCGCGAAAGCUUCAGCUUCUUACACUGGAGGAGCUGACACGUCAGCUUCAGGAGAACGCAAUCUGGCCGUCCAAGUUCGAGUCGCUCAAGCAACGGUUGCAAUCGAGGGGCAUCGCGUCUGGCGGCCAUGAAGCAUCCAAGAAGCUUUCGCGACUUACGGCGGAAGGUGGCGGGAGCACGGGAAGCCCAACAUCCGUCCUCGAAAGGACUCGCUAUAAGCUUGCCCGUUUACAGCCGCACCUCAUACAGUUUUACCGCUUCUGCCGACAGAUGCUGCUGGAUCUCCUCUUGUUGUCCGCGUUAAAAGAUGUCGACAGCACAGAGGCUCGACUUACAAGCUCUCAGGGCUUACCUUUUAACGGGUUCGCGCUUCCAUGGGCAGCGGAGUUUGUUCCUACAAGCAGCAGUCUCGGAGCUAUGGUUACAAUCGAUCGAGCGUCGGGCGUGAGUAGAGCGAGUGGUGACUGUAACGGGGGAGCCACGUUGAGGAGGCAGCAACUCGCUGCCAAGUGGUUGGAGCUCUGUUCGGUCACCGCUGGCGCGGGGAAAGAUUUUGCGCCCGGUGACCGCGCGCAAGCGCAGGCGCAAGCUAAGCGGGAAGCGGCUGGUUUGAAGGGAGCGUGGGACGCGGAGAAGAACGACGCGCUUUUCGAGGUCCUGUCGCGGGUGCUGCUGGCGCUACGGAUGGACGAAAUCCUGGCGAAUGGGGUAACUGGAACUGUUGACGAGGAGGAAGAAGCAGCUGCGAGCGCUGUGGCAAGCGGAAAGCGAGCGGAGGACGAAUUGGUGAAGCGGUGGCGCAGGCGCGCGAGUGACGGGAGCGGAACGCGCGGAGCUCUCGUGCUGGCGGUGAAGCUGAGCGGAACAGACGCGAGCCGCUGGGUUCUGCGGAUGGCGGGCGGUGUGGAUGCGCACGUGCGGCGCGUGGCUGCUGGAGUCAUCGAUCGGAUUCUGUGGGAUGUCGAAACGGGCCGAGUGCAGAACGAGCUUGAGAAAGAAUGCGCCCGGCUGGAUUCGAACCCGCGACCUGGUGGAAUCAGCGGGCCAAGAAGCCUUGGUGAAAUUUCAGCAAUUUUGUCGUUACCCGAUCCGCUUUCCAGCUGUUUGCCGAGAUCUCCUCUUUCUUUGUCGUCUAGCGAGAGCGACAGCAGCGGAAGCGACGGGGAAGAUGAAGGGAAAGGGGGAAGGGUGGGUGGGAAAAAGCCAAGCUCCAUCCCCGUUAGUAGCUCGGACUUGCUUAUAUCGAGAGUCGCUGGUGCUUUGAUUGCGUCUCUAGGUGGUGGUGCUGCGCUUCCUGUCGGCGGGGGCGGAAGCAUAUCCUCUGCAGGCGGAAGCAUCUCAAGCGGAAAUAUCUCAGGAGGAGGACUCUCCCCCGAAAUGAGAAGCUUAUCUCUGCCGGCUGCAGUCGACCCGAAGAAGCUUCUCCCCACGUCAUCGUCCACGUCAUCGCCACGGUCUUCCACGUCAGCCGGGUCCACUGCUUCUUCCGGCGGUAAUGCCGCCCCUGCGCAAGGGGGAACCACUGCGGAAGGGGAGGAUGGAGGGAGGAGCGCGAGCAACAGCAGCCGCGCGAGCAGCACCGAGAGCACCGCGGCGAGCAAGCCCAAGUAUGGCGCAGGGUCCGCGCGGAAGAGCGGAGAGGGAGGGUUUGGAGUGGGGAGCACGGUGCUGGGACUUACGUCACCGCGCGCACCGACGGAGAGAUCUGCGCAAAUCCCGCAGCAAUUGCUGCAGCAGCAGAGAGCCGCUGGGGACGCGAACAGAACGGUUCCCGUUUCUUCUCGGCUUUUCAGCUCGGUUCCUAGCUCCCCCGCCCACCACGCGGGGGGAGGUUCGGGGGGAGCGGCGCGGGGAGCGCGGUCAGGCAGAGGUGUUUUGGACGCCGAAGCGGCAGCGGCUCGGCUGCAAGCGAUCGCUGCUGCAGCUGCCGAAGCUGGCUCUGACUCACGUUCGGAAAGGGGUAGGUCGGGUGCGCCCGAAAGCCCGCGAUUUGGUGGGAGUCGAUUCCCUGCUGCGCCAGGUUCGGUUGUUUCUGUUUCCUCCGCGUACAGUGCAUUUACUGUACCUCCAACCGCUAUGUCAAUAAAUGGGGAUUUGGAGAGGACACUCGGAAGGUCGAGUGCAAGUGUUACAGGAAUCCCCUUCGCCAAUGCUGGUUACACUCUCAGUGGUGCUGCGUACGGGUACAGUGGGAACGGGAGGUUCGGAGGAGAGGUUGGGUGUGGCGGAGCGGGAGGGGAAGGGCGGGGGGCCUCCGCAGCUGCCGCGGCAGCGGUUGCUGCGUCGCGGAUGAUGUCGAAUUCGGUUCCGAGUUCCCCCCUCCACCCCCCCAACUCCCCCGUUCAUUACGCGUCCACCCCCGUUCACUACAGUAACAGUGCUUAUUCGCAUAACCCCAUGCACAGUACUGCAUAUUCUACAGUGCAUCAAGUUACAGCUCCUCAUCUGGCUCAAUUUCCAUCUUCUCCCAAUAGAUGCACAUCCAGUCCGCGAUAUGUGAUAAAUCCCUCCACCCCUCGUUCUAGUGCCACUGGCAUGUACAGCUCCAGUCCCAGACACCCAGGAGCUCCCUCCUCUGCUUCUCUUUAUAGUCCCAGCCCAUCCCACCGUUACUGCCCCAGUCCUUCCCCCCAUUAUAGUCACAGUCCAGUUCACCACGCAUCUUCUUAUACUGCUGCCAGUCCGUCCCACCCAGCUACACUAAAUCCUCCUUACUAUGCCCCCAGUCCAACUCAUUACAGUGGUGGUGGAGGCUACCAAUCCCCAAGCCCCUCUCAUCACGCCUACCCAUCGCCUGCCCCCCAAACCUCUCCCCUUGUUCUCGGGCCAGCUGCUCUAGGUUCGGCAACAGCUUUGGCUGGGGGCAGGGCAGGCAGGGAGACUGCCGUGAGGGCAGGUAAGGCAGGGGGAGAGGAGGGAGCAAAAAGGGGUGGAGUAAAGAGCACAAUGCGGCAAAAGGCAUUCUUUGGUGCUGGGGUGAUGUGGAGUGUGGAAGAGGGGGGACUGGAGGGGGCAGGUGGGGAGGGGGAGAGUGGUGAUAGUGAUGAGAGUGACUCUCGGGAGGGUGAGUAUGACGAGGGGUCGAGCUCAGAAGAGGACAAAGACGACAACACGCUGGGCUUCUCAAGAAAAUACAAUGCAUCUGCCUCUGUUUCUUCCUCCGCCUGUGCCUCUGCUGCUGCUGCCUCUCCUUACAACUCCGGUAUUCCCAGUGCCGUCAGCGCCUCUCCUUUCAACCAGAGACCCUACGCUCCAUCCCCUGCCCACUCAGCCUUCUCUCGUCCCUCCCCUUCACAAUCCACGUUCUCCUCCUCCCCAGCCCAUGCCUCCUCCGGUAAUUCACCUGCCCGGGCCGCCUUCUCUUCUUCGCCUGCCGGAGGUGCCUUUUCUUCGUCACCUGCCCAGGGUGCUUUUCCCUCCACUUCUAUUGCCAGAAGUGCCUCCUCUGGCACUGCACCACCUGCUGCUUCUGCUGCAGUGGCCCUCAGGAGUGUGAUGAAAGGAUCGAGCACAAACCCUCAUGGAAGAGGUACCUUGCUGCGCAGGAGUGCGAGCGAGAGCGGGAGCAGUCGAGGUGAUGGCGGCGGUGACAGUGGGGAGAUGGCUCUUGGGAGCAAGUGUGGGGGAGGGGGUGACGGGGUGAUGAUUCGAGCCAGCAGCAGCAGCAGCAGCAGCAGCAAUGCCAGCACAGGCAGCAGUGGCGGUGGUGACGGCAGUGACGGUAUGACCAGACCGAAACUUCAGGUGGUAGCUCAUCCACCACACUACCCUCGCUUGGACGUAGCUGCAAGCUGCAUUGUGCCUUUGAACGUCGUUCCAUUAGAAAUCAAGCAAUUAGAUUGUCUGUUUGCUCCCUCAGCGUCUAUCAUCUACCCGCUCCCCCUUGCCUCUUCCCGCCCCAAGCCCCAACUUUCCCCCCCUCUCCUCCCACUUCCCCCACUCUCCCCCCACCCCCUGUUCCGCUCCCCCUAUGCUUCUCUGGAGAAACAGGCCAAGUACCUGAGGAUGAAGCUUGGGGGGGUGAAGGAGGAUGAGGAGGACGAGGAGGAGGAGGAUGAGGAUGAGGAGGAAGGGGAGGGGGCGCUAUGGGGGCAGAAGAAGCGGGAGUACUACAGCGCGGAUAAUGUGGAUUAUGAGGAAGGGGAGGAGGCGCUCUUGGGGCAGAAGAUGCGGGAGUACUACAGUGCGGAUAAUGUGGAUUACGAGGGGCAGGAGCAGGAGGAGGAGGAGGAGGAGGAGGAGGAGGAGGAGGAGGAGGAGGAGGAGGAGGAGGAGGAGGAGGAGGAGGAGGAGGAGGAGGAGGAGGAGGCGCUUAGGCUGCAGCAGCAGAUUGCAGCUGGAAUGUUGCAUAUGGAGGGCGAGACAGGGGCGCAGGAGGAGGAGGAGGAGGCGCUUAGGCUGCAGCAGCAGAUCGCAGCUGGGUUGAGGGCGCUUCAGGAGGGGAGGGGAGCGGCUGUGGUGGAGAGGGUGGUGAAGGAUACGAGUCUGCUGACAAAGGAGGAGCAGAUGGCGGCUCUGAUGAGAGCUGGUGGGUCUGCUCUGCUGUCAGACCUCAAAACAACUCUCAAGGAGCUCAACACUAGAGUGCUGCUUCUCAUUCACUCCCUUCAUCAAAGUGUUGCCUCUUAUCCCCCCUUAUUCACGCAUCUCCCCCUCGUCCCCCGCCCCUCUCCUUACAUGCAGCGAUGCCCCAGAGCUGGUGGCGACGCCCCAGAGCUGGUGGGACUGCUGUCGGAUCUCAAAACCACCCUCAAGGAGCUCAACACCCAAGUGCUGCCGCUGCUUGACGCCCCAGAGCUGGUGGGUCUACUGUCGGAUCUCAGAACCACCCUCAAGGAGCUCAGCACCAAAGUGCUGCCGCUGGCUUAUUCCCAUUCACUCCCUUCGCCCCCUCACUUCCUCUCCCGCUCCCCCCCCUGCUCCCCUUCACCUGCAGCGAUGCCCCAGAGCUGCGAUGCCCCAGAGCUGGUGGGUCUACUCUCGGACCUCAAGACAACUCUCAAGGAGCUCAACACCAAAGUGCUGCCGCUGCUGCAGCAGGUGCGGGAGGGAGAGUAUGCAACAGAGAACGGAGUGUCCUACCUGGAGGCAAAGCACGGGCUGCUGCUGCACUACUGCUGCUGUCUGCUCUUCUUCCUGCUGCUCAGGGCGGAGGGAAAACCAGUCAGGGACCACCCAGUGGUCUCCCGGCUCGUGGAGCUCCGUUUGUUCCUAGAAAAGAUCCGCCCUAUCGACAAGAAACUGCAGUAUCAAAUUGAGAAGCUUCUCAAGCUGGCAUCCUCAGCCAAUCGCAGCGCGACACCUGGCAAGCAGAGGCGGGCUGCUAGGAGCGCGUUUGUGAAGGAACUGGCUGAAGACGUGGAGGGACGACCCAGAGAGGGAGUGGGGGCAAGGAGGCGGGCUGCUAGGAGCGCGUUUGUGAAGGAACUGGCUGAAGACGUGGAGGGACGACCCAGAGAGGUAGGCAGCCACAUUGAGGUGAGGCGGCGGGCUGCUAGGAGCGCGUUUGUGAAGGAACUGGCUGAAGACGUGGAGGGACGACCCAGAGAGAUGCGAGUGGAGGGAGCGUCUACGAUGAUGGUGGAGGGCAAGGAGAUGGAGAGGGAGGUGGAGCGGCUGAGGGAGAGGGCUGCAGCGGAGGAGAGGAUGUUCUCUCGCGUGCCCCUCAACCGCGGGGAGAAGCAGCGCCUCAAGGCGCUCAAGAGGAGCCAGAACAUGCUGGCCGGUAUGCUGGAUGAUUUCGACGAUGAUAUCGCUGGCAUCAUGGCAGCCGGGGAGGAGGGGGGCGCACAGCCCGGCCUCACAGCAGCAGCAGGAGGAGCAGCAGAGCGGGGAGGGAUAGGAGGACUGACGAGUGCUGGGAUGCUGGAGUCGCUGCUGCGGCCUCGCAAGCUGUCAGAGGCGAUUCACGAGGCGGGCAAGAUGACUUCCCUCAGAGGAGCACAGGGCAAGGUGAUUUCAGGAGAUGCUGAUCUCCCCUUGAAGCCGGACCUGGGUGAGCGCCGCCGAGCCUACGAGGCAGGCGUGGUGGCAAAGCAGGUUCGAAAGCGAGGCUCGGAGGACCUAGGGUUUGACCAAGGAGACGAGGAGGAAGGUGGGGAGGGAGAGGGAGGGGAGGAGGACGAGUUUUACGCUGAGGCUCGGAAGAUGCAGGAGGCUCGGCGGUCUGCCAAGGCUGCCAAAUACUCUUCCUCUGGCCGCAUUCCUGAAGCAGAGCCCUCAGUGGACGAGGAUGGGCGCCGGCAAAUCACCUCCCAGAUUGAGAGGAAUCGCGGCCUGACAGCACACCGCAACAAGGCGGUGAAGAACCCUCGCAAGAAGUACAAGCUCAAGCAUGCGAAUGCUGUGGUUCGGCGCAAGGGCCAGGUGCGAGACGUCAAGCAUGAAACUGCUCCUUACGGUGGCGAAUCUACUGGUAUCCGGUCCAGCAUCAGUCGCAGGUUGAUUUGGACGGAGGGAGGUUCCGAGCAGCUCGGUGCGCUGCUUGAAGGAGGGAGCGUUUACCGAGAGAGAUUCGUUAUCCGGUGUUACGAAGUUGGCGUUCAUAAGACCGCGUCGAUAGAGACUAUCGCCAAUUUAUUGCAGGAAGUGGGGACCAAUCAUGCUCACAGCGUUGGAUUCUCUAAGGACGGCCUGGCAACCACGCCAGGAAUGCUGAGACAUAGUUUGAUAUGGGCAACAACUCGGAUCCACAUCGAGAUGUACAAGUAUCCCACCUGGGGAGACGUCGUUGAAAUUGACACGUGGUGUCAGUUAGAGUCAAACAUAUUGACACGGCGAGACUGGAUUAUUCGGCUGUCAAAAUCCGGUGACGUCAUUGGUCGAGGCACUAGUUCCUGGGUGAUGAUGAACUCCAACACACGUCGGUUGGCUCGAAUUCCGUCUGAUGUGUGGGACGAAAUCAUUGUUCACUGCCCUAAUCCUUCCCUCUAUGCUCUUCCCCCGGACGCGGUGGACAAGUUGCCGAAGCUCAAAGAGCCCGCUGACCAUUCUAAAUCGAGUCUCUGUGCCAGAAGAAGUGACUUGGACAUGAAUCAGCAUGUCAACAAUGUUACCUACAUUGCAUGGAUGCUCGAAAGUUUGCCUCAGGAUCUUGUCGACAGCUCGGAGCUGGCUCAAAUAAGCAUUGAGUAUAGGCGAGAAUGCAGUCAGAACGACAUGGUGGAAACACUGGCCAGUCACACAGUGCCUGCCGCCAAACCAGAGGCCAUCAAACAGUGCACCACCACAGAUGGGCUGCUUUUGUCAAAGGAAUCCGAGGAGGCGAAAGGCGUCUGCUUGCUAACGCUGGUGGAGCGGGAGAGCCCUGAAGAGCUUCAGCACUUCUCGCACAUCCUGCGGCUUCAGGACAGCAAGAAAGAGAUCAAUAAGGGUCAUACAGUUUGGCGCAAGAGGAGAUAA